AUGGAUAGGGGAAACGAUGUUUUGGUUAAGGGGCCAAGUUUGGACUCUGUAAGGGCGUUACAUCAGACUGUGGUAGCAUUACGGGAAGCUCUUGAACAAAGUAAAAAUGAAAUUUUGGAACUGAAGAGUAAAGCUUGGCCAACUAAUGCAGUGGAGGAGACUUUGAGGGCUCUCUCGUUGGAAAAUCACGUCUUAAGACGAAAAUUAUUGGAGAAAAAUGUAAGAAAUAAUGAAAUUAAUGAAAGUGAACAAAAUCAACAAAUUCAGUCAAGUCAAGAAAUUAAAGUAAAAAGUGUAAAAAGAGAACUCAUUCUAGAUAGUGUUCCAGAAAGUAGUAAGGAAUUGAGUAAAAGUGUUGAUCAUUUUCCAUCUUCAAAAGAAUUAUCUGAUAAUAUUACCAAGAAAGUAAAGCAUAAGAGGGUUACAAUAAUAUCACCAAAAAGAAGCCCAAAUCGUCAAAUUGAAGCCAAAGUUUUAAUUAGGACAGAAAGUAAAAGUCCUACUAAACUAUCAAGAUCCCUUGAAAGUCUAACAAUCCUAAAGUCACCAAGAAAUAACUCAGGUAAACUAGAAUUCUCCAAAACUGUUAGUUUCUCAAAUAUCUCAAAAGUAACAAGGGAGUUGACUUUUUUCAACCACAAAAUGGAUAACAAUAUCCAAAAAAGUAAUAAUAAGGAAUUUCCUAAUGACCUUCAAAGCCCCAAUGAUGAUAAUGAUGAAGUUGAUGAUAUAGAAUUAAUAUUUACCACAGAGGACACUAAAGACUCAGAUUUUAAAGGGCAGUUAGUAUCUAUAGAUGCAGGCGAUUCAAAUGUUGAACAAGCAAACCUAUUAAAAUGUCCUUUAAGUGAGCUAGAUUUGGAUAUGUCUGAUAGAGAGUUGGAGGAUGAUGUUUUUAAUGAUAACUUUGAAAAUGAAAACCAAGAAAAUGCGAACUUUCAAUCCUUUGAGAUAAGAAGAGAUACUUCACAACUAUACAAUUCUAAAUCGGAUAACUCUAUUAAUCAUGAAGAAAAAAGUUAUUAUUCUUAUCAAGACAGCAGUUUCGAGAAUAAAUCUUUGGAGAAAGAUGAAAGUUUUGAUAGGUUUGAGGAAAAAAUUAGGAUUGUUGAAACUGAUAUGUCCAAAGUUGGCAUUCAGGAUAUUGAAUAUGCUGGUACAAGAAGAAAUACAUGUCCAAAUCCUAUACAGUAUAGACCCUUAAUGCAUAGGGAGGCUCUAGCAAAAGGCAGAAAAAGUAGACCCAUUUUAAGUCAUUCCAAUGCAUCUAGAAGAGAGUCUGGCGCCCAAACUGAUAUUUCAGCUUUGCCUGGAUCUUCAUGGAGGUCUGAAAGUAGUUUAGCUAAUAAAGCACGUAUAGGGGAAAACUUCACUACCCUGCCAUCGAAAUUCCCACUGCCUGGCUCGCGCUUGCGACUAUCGGAAAAAACAGUUGAAGCACGUCGAGUUUUAUUGUCGGACAUCGGGUUUACGAGCAUGGUGCCUGAACUUAGCCGAUCCGCUGACCAUUUGUGUCCGGAGAACAAAAAACCACCACCCACCAAUCCGACUUACGGACAAUUUUUAAGAGCCACCGAUCUCUAUUUUCCAGCAUAUACUUCUCAAAAGUUCACCUGGAUGGGGGGCACCACAGCAACAGCCACUCCCUCCGACUGCAGCCAAUCGCAUUCGCGCUACAGCAGCAUCUACCCGCUGUCGCCGCCAGCGCCCUCUAGACGUUGUUCGGCACCCGUGUCGCCAUCUAGGCGCGUUUUGUUGAAGCACACGCCGUCUAAAGUUAAGUUUGCCAACGGGUCGAUGCCGGAGUUGCGGAGCGACUGGACCACGGUGGAUUCCGGGGAUUCCACGGACAGUUUGGUCGAAGAGGCCGAGAAUUAUUUAAGGAGGUCUAUUGAUUGUAUUAUGACUGGGAGGGAUGUGCCUAGUUAUAGCGAACCCCGCAAGGGCAUACAUCGCCGGGCCUCGGCCCCAGAGCCAUCUGGCGACAACGUGCCCCCUCAAGGUUGGCAACCAUUCUUACCGCGACAACCACGCGACCUGAAACCCGAGCACUGGGUUAAAGUAAUAAUUCAGGAGGGUCGAGUCAGAGGAGGCCGGGUAAGGUACGUGGGACCGGUGGUCACACAGACCGAGCAGUUGGUGGGUGUCCAAUUAAGCACCCCUGAAGGCUACUGCGAUGGUACAUUUAGUACCAGAAGAUAUUUUCAAUGUGAACCCUACCAUGGAAUUUUUGUACCCUUCAAAAAAGUAAUCAUGGGCUGGAGACCAUAG